AUGAAAAGAAGUUCUAGAAUUCUGACAUAUGUGAACGCUGGGAUCAUACUUUUUUUGGCUCAGUUCGCUGAUGCUGGACAUAAAUGUGUAUGGGUGCAUGGUAAAGUUGAUUGCCAUAAGGAUCCUUCAAAAAAUUUAAAUGUUGAAGUACGAGUUUAUGAUCGUGAUGGGUUGUCACUUGCAAAAAUAAUUGAUCCUGAUGAUUUGAUGGGAGUUACAUUUACAAGCGAAGAUGGUUCGUUCCAGUUAGAUGGAUGUGGUGAGGACAUUGAUUGGAUUCCUGGCAUUCCCAAUAAUCCAGAACCAUAUCUGCAAAUAUUGCAUUAUUGUAACAACAAAUUGGGUGAAGUUAUAAGGCUUCCACAGUUCAGAACUUUCGUACCCAACACGUAUGAAGUAGGUGUUAUUAAUCUGGAUAGACCCAUCCAAGUUCCUCCAGCAAACAUCACUUUUACUGAGGAGCAGAAAUUUGUGUGA